AUGCAGCAUCGAUUACACCGGGGGAAAACGCCCAGCUCGUCAGUGCUGACCACUAUUUUAUUGAGCUGCGGAGGCAAGGUUAUAUCCGAUUCGAGUGCCUCGUUAUCAGGAUCUCCACGGUACACCUCCAGUUCCCAAGAGGACCGCCCAGUCGUUCCUGCGGAAAACGUCAAGUUCCAGUCUGUCAGCAAUGCCGCAAGGGAUUUGGCUCCCAAUAAGCGCCGUGCCGUCAAACGUUGCCCUGUUAUGCCGUCUGAGGUAACUGGUUAUCCGCUACUUGGUGGCUCGACAGAGGAUGCUUUACCACCAAAGAGAAUGUGUUUAGAAUCGGCAAUUGGUUUCUUGGAUCAAGCUUCGGCAAUGAGUGAUGAUGCCAUUGCAAAGAUCGACAGUGUUGUAGCCGAGGUGCUGGAAGGCUGGGAUGAAGGUGAUGACGUCAUUGCAGACAUCGACGGGAUUGUGGAAGACAUGUUGGGAGGUUGCUCUGAUGCCCUGUUUGGGAGUGCUAAGAAGUCCAAUGCUGAAGAAAUGGGUGAUAAGGUUUGUGUUGGCGUUAAUGAGUAUAUUCCUGCAUUUCAAAUUACCUUCCCACAUGAGGACGCAUCAUCGGUUGAAGCAAAGUAUCUGGUAUGGGCGUAUGACAUACUAAGUCAUGGUUGGUGGCACUUGGUUCCUUUCCAAGUGAAGAAGCCAAUAUCGGUUUUUGGACUUGCUCGAAACGCUAUUGAGUGGGAGGAAGCGAGGAAGGCUAACCCAGCUCUAAAAGUCAAUGUCCUAUUGGAAGCACGUUGUUAUUGUCCUUCUCGUAAGUCUGCCUGGGAUACGUUGACAUUUUCCAAAUGGUUGAAGUCGAGACAAUCUGCAAGUGAUAUUGGAUUCAGAAAGAUGUGUGGCAAAAUCAGGCGAGGUGGUUGGUUCAUCUUGUCAAGCCGUGUGAGCGAUGCUCAACAUGAUCUACUCACACGCUGGCCAGUAAACCAAGAGUGGUGCGACCAAUUCGCGGAGAAUAUGAGGCGUUGGCGAUGUCGUUAUACGAAUGCGAUAAAUCGUGGGUUACCUGAUCUGUCAGCAUGCUUGUCGUGGCUGCAGUUCGAGGAGUUGGUCGUAAAAAGGAUGGGAGAUUUACGAGUGCCUCUGAACGAAGUUUCAAAGGAGUAUCGAAAGACUGAGCGAAGGCAGCUGAUGCUCCUUAAGAUGGCAGAAUUGACUGGAGGGAUGAUGAAUGACGCUUCGUUAGUUAAGGUAAUGAUGAGCAAUUCUCCUCCAUCUCAUCUAGUCAAUAUUUCGGGAAGCACGUGUCAGGUAGUCACGGAGACAGAGACGGCACCGCGAAUUCCAUCACGUUAUUUGGUUUGGGCAUACGAUAUUCUGAAUCACGGCUGGUGGGGUGCGGUACCUAAGACCAUAUUGUCACCGGGACUGUCAGUUUUCGAAUUGGCUCAGAAGGCUUGGGAGUGGGAGACUAAUGGUGGAAGUAUUUAUACCUUGUCAUCCAGUUGCUAUACAUGUGGAGAAGGUGGCAAACCCCAUAUGGCAACGGAAAGUUGUGAGAGGUGUGAAGAGUCGUGGAGCUUCCAAGAGUUUUGGGAAUGGCUUCGACUGAGACAUUUCCACAAUAUUUACGAUCAAUUAAAGAAUCUUAGUCACUCAAUAAAAGAUUCCCGUAGACCACAAAGUCAAUUUCUACACUGGGAAAAAAGAGAUCGACAUUGGCUGCUUAAAACGGCCGAUGAAAUCGGGUUUGAAAUUCCGGUCGGAAAAGAUGAUUCCAGAUUCGAGAUGAUCCACGAAUCACUUAACAAGUUGUUACCGACAACCGACAAUCGGUCAUUGGCCGGUCGAUUCGCGAUGCGUAGGUUCAGGGAUGGCAUCUUCAGGAAAUCCCCAAAUGGGCUUUACCCUUGGGAACAUGAGCGUUUGAUCGUACAUAGAAUCAGCUCUUAUUAUACUCAUCAAAUAGAUCCAUCUGCAGUAAACUCGCCCAUUGAGGCUCCCACGACGAGUUUUUUUGUACUCGAUUGUCCACCCUUAAGUGUUGGACAACAUCCCAAGCAAACUAUCCCCCCUUAG